AGGUAUUGAUCCAGACUUAUCCCUGGUUUGGGUUUAACCUUUUCUAUCCCGGAGAAUUUUAGGUGAUCCAAUUGUCCCUUGUGGGCUUCCAUCAUAUGGGCAAUAAGACGCGGUGCUCCUUUCAAGGUCACUGAAUCUCGUCUUCUGUUAGAAGUCUGGUAUGCACAUGGGAGGGCACACCUCAAGGCUUGGCUGAAAUUAAAGACAGUAUCCCAUUGACCCUCAAGUCAUAUUCCCAGGAUGGUAAGAGCUGUGGAGAACUAUUCUGUAGGGUCCUCAAACUGGACACGGCUUACAUGUUCGAUGUGCCCAUAGAACUAAUCUGAAGAGGAAAAGAGUGGUCACCCAUACUGUAUGUCCCAGCUAAGACCUAGUUUCUAUGUUCAGGGUCCUCCUAUUUAUUUGAGUCAGAAGUUCCAAUGAUAUGAUAAAAUCAUGGCUGCUGAGAAUAGAGAUGCAAUAUCCUGGUAUCAGAAGAAAAUUGGAGCAUAUGAUCAACAAAUAUGGGAGAAGUCAGUAGAACAGAAGGAGAUCAAGGUGAAGAGUCUUAAAAAUAAAGCAAAGAAGAUGGUGUACAUGAAAUCUGACCUAAUUGAUGUUGAUCUGAUCAGAGGUUCCACAUUCGCCAAAGCUAAACCUGAAAGUCCAUGGACAUCCCUCACCCGGAAAGGAUUAGUAAGGGUGGUACUGUUUCCUCUCUUCAGCAAGUGGUGGAUGCGUGUGACCAGUCCUGGUGUCUUUACUUGGCUCAUGGUGCUUUACGUCAUGCAAGUGGCAGCUAUAGUGCUAUAUUUCAUGGUUCCCGUGGCAAGCACAAGUGAGCAGGCUGGACCAAUGUGCCUAAUGCUGCUCCUAGGAACGGUUCAUUGCCAGAUUGUCUCCACACAGGGUAACAGGGUGUCAGGGUCUAAUGGCGGAAAGAGAAAAUUAAACAAGUCACAGAAUGGUGAUGACAAAAAGGAAUUCAGCAAAUACUUAAAAACAACGGCUUCUUGCAACCUACGGAAAUCCUUCCUCUUCAGUAGAGUUAAUAGGAAAGCUCUUCCCAAAAAAAACUAUAAGCCAUACCAUGAUCUGCAAAGUGAGAUUAAUGGACGGAGAGAAGCAAAAUCCUGCAUUCAAGAAUCCACUUCCUCAGCCCACAAGUGUAUAAAUCCAGAUGAAGGGAAGAAGCAGUGUGGAAUGAGACAAGAAAAUAAAGGAAUGUCAGAAGAUUUGACAAGCGAGGAUGAUGUGAAAUCACAAAAUGAAUCCUCCUCCCUGAGGAACGUGGACGGGGCAUCAAGUGAUAAUGGAUGCAGAUUGACCAGGAGGAACGUGAACUCAUGUGUCCAUCAUAAUUCUCAGGAAAAACCAUCAUUAGAAAGAAACAAUCAUGUCCAGGAAUCUGAUAGCCCAGUGGACUCAGAGGAUGAAUCUUUUUUCAGCCAGGGCUCCAGGUCUGGUGUAAGUUGUAGUUCCCAAAGUUACACAGUCUCUCACCAGGACUCCGAAAGUACUCGACAAGGAUCUGAGACAGAAGAUAUGCUUCUAGAUGACUUACUGCAUGGACCUCAAUGCCGAUCUUCAUGUGAGAGUGACAGUGAGGAUGACCUCUCUCAGGACUAUGCUGGAGGCAGCAGGAAGUCUCCAGCAAAGGAUAUAUUUCAGCUGGUGAGAAUGAAAACUGUGAAUCACCUUUAUUGGCUGCAUGGCACAAGUCCUACAUCCGAAAGAGUUAGUGCGAUCAUAUGGGAGAAGAAUGAAUGUAAGAAGGCUGAUAUGUCUGUACUGGAAAUCAGUGAGAUCAUUAUGAAACAAGUGAACACCUUUGAACAUGGUGUGGGAUAUCAAAUGCUGGGUAACGUGGUCACUCUGGCCUUGGGUGUCUUCCCCUUUUUCUUCCAUUUAUGUCAACGGGACCUGGAACAGAUCUUUUCACUAACCAGCAAAGAGUACCUGUCAAUCUUCUGUGGUGGACCCCCGACACACCUCCUCUUCAUUCUUUCAUUCAUUAAUCUGGUGCUACGCAUCUGUCUCACCUGGAUGUUCUUCUUCCUGAUGUGCGUGGCAGAACGAACUUAUAAACAGAGAUUUCUGAUAGCGAAGUUAUUUAGCCAUCUAACAUCUGCUAGGAAGGCCCUGAAAUCUGAAAUUCCUCACUUUCGAUUGAAGAAGGUGCAGAAUAUAAAGAUGUGGCUGUCUCUCCGCUCUUACUUAAAGAGGCGAGGACCCCAGAGAUCAGUGGAUGUUAUUGUAUCUUCAGUAUACUUGGUAACCCUCUCUAUUGCCUUCAUUUGUUGUGCUCAGGUUCUUCAUGGACAUCAAACAUUUCUAAACUAUGUUUACAACUGGGAGUUACUCAUCUGGGAGGCAGCAUUGCUGAUCUACCUUCUCCGUCUAACUUCCUUAGGAUCUGAUACCAACAAGAAAUACAGUAACGUGUCACUGCUACUCACUGAAGAGAUCAACCUGUAUCUUAAAAUGGAAAAGAAGCCAAACAAGAAGGAGCAGCUCAGUAUUGUGAAUAAUGUUCUAAAACUGUCUUCCAAACUUAUCAAGGAAAUUGAUACCCCUUUCAGGCUGUACGGACUUGCAAUGAACCCUCUAAUAUACAAUAUAAGUCGUGUGGUCAUUCUUUCUGCAGUGUCUGGUGUUGUGAGCGACCUUCUGGGAUUCAACAUUAGACUGUGGAAAAUUAAACCAUGACUACCUACUUUGGAGAACUACAUCAAUGCAGAUGCACAGGAUGAAAUUUGUGGUUUCCAUAGGCAAGCCUGGACAGCUCAGCAUUGCAUCCUAUACAAGCUUUUGCAUGAACAAGAAGCAGCAAGAUAUCAAGAAAGCUUGGAUGUCGUUCUAAGAUGGCAGAAACUGUCACUGUGACUCUCUAAUUCAUGUGUGCCAAGUUACUUUUUAUAGCAGAUGAGUUUACGUUUUAUGUAGAAAAUGAAAAGAAAAAAUAUAUAUUUAUUGAAAUUUUUAUGGAUGAUUUUUUACGAAUGUUAAAUUCUGUAUUAUUUAAUAUGUUGUACAGAACAUAAAGUUAUUCUUGGCAUGACUUUACAUUUGUAUGAUGUGGUUAAAUAAGCACUAAUUUA